AUGCCCGUCGACAAGACACGCAAACCCCCUCGCCAAUCCGCCAACGACGUCAAGAUCCCGCGUCCACCGAAUGCAUGGAUCCUCUUCCGCUCCCACCAGUCCAAGGAGCGCAAGAAGAACCAGGACAACAACAACAUCCACCAGCAGCCCGCGCAGUCCGUCAUAUCCGCAGAGAUAUCACGAAUGUGGAAGGAGCUGAGUGUUGAAGACCGCCGAUAUUGGGAGCGCAUGGCAGAACGCGAAGCCGACAGACACAAGAAGCUCCAUCCCAACUACAAGUACCAGCCGCAGAAGAAGGAGGAUAAGGAGAGGGAGCGGGAGCUGAAGAAGCAAGAGAAGGAGCAGGCGCGUCGGGAGCGCGAUGCCGCUGCACGCGCCGCCAAGGGCAAAGGCCGACGAACAUUGGCCGCGCCGCGCUGUGUCCCUUCCAAUGCCCCCGUAGCAUCUUUGCCCGUAGCCGUGCCGUACUACGUCCCAGGGUACAUGCCAGGCUCCACGGAUGCAGAGUUCGCGGGCUAUGGCAAUCUGGGACCGUCGCCGCCGGUCUCUGCGGCAUCGUCGCCGGAGCCCGAUCACGACUGGCCCGACGCAUCCGCGUCCCCUGCUAGCUCGGGUCCUGCCCUCACGCCCCUCCCCACUCCCUAUCACACGCCGCAGGUCGAGUCCGACGCGUCGUCGUCGACCUCCAUCAGCCCCAUCACAUACCAACCACCACAUGGCCAACCGCUGCCACCAACCGUCCCAAUACCGGCUUUCAAGCCCGUCUAUAUCCCGCCACAGCCUAUCCACCCCCAGCCUAUCCAGACGCAGCGUGUGCCCAGCGGGGCUUCCUCGGCGCCUCCGCCCACACCGAUGACGACGGGGUCCACGUUCGAGCAGGUGCAGCAGGAGUCGCGCCCACAGUCCACAUUCGAGCACCAGCAGCCGGAGGAUCCGAUCCAACAAUUGCAUCGGCUGCAGCAGGCGAUCCAGGAACAGCAACAACGUGAACAGCAGGCGUCAACUCCUGCUGUUACGCCUGCUCCCACGGACUGGCAACCACAGCAGCAAUUACCACCAGCGUCUCAUAUGCCGCCUUCGCAGUCGGAUUGGCACCAACAACAGCCCCGGGACAUGUCCAACGGCUGGCAGCAGCCACCGCCCACGCCGCAAUGGCAGGAUAGUCCGGCCACGGAGCCUCCUCCGAGCGAGCCAUCUGACUCGCAGACGGACAUCUGGCCUAGUCAGUCGUCUGAGACUACCCAGGUUCAGGACUUCUUGACCUUCGACAUGCCCGCGUCUGGCGAGGGCUGGCCGGUCAGCGAUGACGGGUCUCAAGCAUUCUCUCAAACGUUCACUAUGGGUGAUGUUGGGCAAAGUGGCAUGCUCGGCGGACUCCGACUCGAGGGCACCGACCAUCCCGAGAUGUUCAUGGUCCAGCCGGAGAACUGGGACCUCAAUCCCGACUCGUUCGACCUAGCGAACUCCACGAUCCCCAUCCUGAACGGCUCGAUGCUUGACUUCAGCUUUGGACUCCCGGAGAACUUGCCGGAUGCGACCUCGCCGUCUACGAGCUACGCUGCGACACCCGCUACCGAGAUGUACGCGACGCCCGGGGCCAACGCCGUCGCAGGGCCGUCCCGCCCCAUGUCCGCAAUGCCCUACGAAGAGCAGCCAUCGGGCAGCGCAGGAUCCGACCCCAUGUACAUGGACUACCGCUAUGGCGACGAGUUCAUCAACUACGACGGCGGCGCAGGCCCCUCGUCUCGCCCUGCUCCGGCGCAUUCGCAAUCUACGCCGGUUGUACCUCAGGCUUCUGAGGCGUCGCCAGCCCCUACUUAUACUCCGCCGUCCGGCGCCCAGUUUGCGGGCGUUCGGCGUGUUGGAGGCGCUUGGCGGCGACCUCGUCCUGCUGUAGAGCAGGAGGCGACGCCGUCCUGUGGCGUGCCCGCCAACUAA